AUGGACAAGUUUGAGAUGACAAAAACUUUAAAUCCCUUCCUUCAUUCUGUCUUCAACUGUAAGAGCUCGGAAUCGGUCCUCCUAAAAAAUGCCCGAUAUAAUAAAUCUCCUUCACCCUCAACGUCAUCAAUGCCCGAGCUUUCCAGUAUCCAAAUCUUGGAAAUUGAAGUUAUUGGAGUUCUUCGCAAUCUAAAUUCACGAAAGGCGACCGGUCCAGAUAACAUUCCGACUAAACUGCUGAUCGAACUUAAGGACGUAACUGCAGCUUCGUUAUGUAAAAUAUUUAACAUGUCAUUGGAUCUUGGUGUAGUACCUCUUGAAUAG